AUAAUAUGAGAGAAAUAGAACAAGCUGUUAAAGCAUUUAAACAGUUACAUAAACUUGAUCCAUGUAGAUUGGAGAAUAUGGAUAUUUACUCCAACCUGUUAUAUGUUAAGGAAAUGGGAGGUGAUUUAGCUGAUUUAGCUCAUCAUAGUUGUGAGAUUGAUAAAUACAGAGUUGAGACUUGUUGUGUUAUAGGAAAUUAUUAUUCGUUACGAGGACAACAUGAGAAGGCUGUUUUAUAUUUUCAAAGAGCGUUAAAAUUAAAUCCACAUUAUUUAUCAUCGUGGACGUUAAUGGGACAUGAAUAUAUGGAGAUGAAGAACACAUCAGCAGCUAUACAGGCAUAUAGACAAGCAAUAGAAGUCAACAAGAGAGAUUAUAGAGCAUGGUAUGGACUCGGACAGACCUACGAGAUUUUAAAAAUGCCAACUUAUUCAUUAUAUUACUAUAUGAGAGCUCAGCAAUUACGACCGAAUGAUUCAAGGAUGGUCGUAGCUUUAGGUGAAUGUUACGAGAAGUUAGAAAGAUUGGUCGAGGCCAAGAAAUGUUUUUGGAAAGCUCACAGCGUCGGUGAUGUGGAAGGAAUGGCGUUACUGAAACUAGCCAAAUUAUAUGAAAGAUUACAAGAAGAUGAUCAGGCCGCGUCAGCGUAUAUGGAAUAUAUUAGUAAGAUGGAAACACAAGGGUUCGCGAAAUUUGAAGAACAGGGUCAAGCGUAUAAAUAUUUAGCCAAUUAUUAUUUAUCACGUAAACAGUGGGACGAAGCCUACGCGGCCGCACAGAAAUGUGUGGAGUUCCUAGAGACAAGAGAAGAAGCGAAAGCGAUAUUAAAGACGAUACAAACAGAACGUGGUAUAACAGAGUCUAAUAUACAUGUUGAUAUGGAUGCUAGUACUGGAUCUAUCACCAUGGAGAGACAUCCAUUAGUACCAAGUGAUACCCCAUUAGGACGGAUUACACCAACGGCUUUACGUUUUACACCGUGAUAUCUUUAUAAUAAACAUAAUAUACUAUUCAAAAAAAGUAGGGG